AAUUAUGUAUAAAUUGUAAGACAAGUCCCCGAGUUUCCUAAUUGUAAUUCCGCGUUCUUCGCUGUGUGAUUCCCUCACAAAUUCAGACAUCAUGUACCAUUCGUUGUUGAUAGUGAUAUUAAUCGCCAUAACCUGUCCGUCACAGCUAGUUAGCGUAAAACACAGAUGCAAGUAUUUGUGCAACAACUACACCGGCAAAUAUCCAACAGAAACUAUCAAAACCUUGCUGUCGGAAAAGAAACACGAAUGGUUCAAUAUUAAGGGAAAACUGAUCGAACCGGCGAAAAAAACCGUGCCUGCAAGACAAAAUGAAGUUCUCAUGAGGGCACACUAUGUUGCUCCAAGUCGUGAAGAAAAUUUGUGCCGUUCGAAAGUUAUAACCAGGACUCCAACGCACCAACCAGAACACAACUUAACAAUAGUAAAUGUGCCAAAAGUCUUCGAACAACAGGUCGUCUUCGAAAUUUGUGUGAAGGAAAACGAGCAAUGUUCCAAAUCUGGAAUUUUCGAUUUUAACACGCAUUGCAAACAGCUCUACCAACACUUACAAUUUUUAGUUCUGGACAACGACGGAAAGCUCAAAUAUAAACCGCUUCUUGUGCCUAGUGCAUGUGUUUGUGUUUACAACAGAAAUCAUUUUAGUAAUAAAAAAAAAAAUUGA